AUGAAGUUGGCUAAGAAUGACUCUGAAGCCGGAGCUUUUCUUAAGGACAAAAACUUGGGAAGCCACCUUCAAAAGGCCCACGUGACGCUUGCUCAUAAAGGAAGUCACAGUGUGGCAGCUCUUGCAAGUUUUGCUCCCUUUCUUCAUCAACAGGUGCCUGUAGAAAUGACGGCUCUAUUAUUCUCUGAAAGGGUGGCUGCACUUGAAGCUUGCAUUGGAUCUAUUAAUGGUGAAAAGAUUCAGUCUAAAAAUGAAUGGUCUCACGUGACAUUAUGGACCAGCAAAGGAACUGCGCCUGUAGAAGCCAAUUCACUACCGCAAUUACUUCAAGAAGGAAAGGCCAAGCGUGUUGAGGUUGAGCCACCCAUUGCAAUAACAGGAGUCAUUCAAUUCUAUUAA